AGAAACAAGAAAAAGUCACGCACGGUCACUGCUAAAGCCACCUCCAUUCGUACACACGGCCAUAUAAACCUCAGCCUUCCUUAUGCCACCGCUCUCCUCCUUUCUCUCUCUCUCUACUCUUGUCUGAUGGAGUGCAAGGCGGCGAGCGAGUCGUCCUCGUCGGCCCCCUCUUCUUCCAUGGACAGCUGCGGCGCCGGCGGGCCGCGGGCGACGGUCUCCACGGCGUCGUCCUGCUACCGGCCGGCGAUCGGCAGGGGCCUAAGCACGGACCUUCACCUCGGGCUCAGCCUGCGGUCAUGCUCCUCCUCCUUCCACACGGCCGACGGCGUCUCCGCUUCCACUCCAAGGAGCACCCUGACGACGACGACGACGAUGACGAUGAGGCCAACGGCGCCGUCGUCUGAUCCGGCGCACCAGAGAGGAGGAGGCGGCGGCGGCCAUGGGCAGCGGUCGCUGUUUGUGAAGGGGUACAUGGAGGG